AGUGGUCUGUGAACAAAAUGACGUUUAUCACGGUUGUUUGUUGCUGCAAAGUGCAGAGUUGUUAGAAUUUUCGUAAUUAUUUUCACGUUUUCAAUAUGAUCAAUAUAAAUAGGAAAGUUUUUGAAAUUGUGAAGUUUACGUCCGUGUAAUUUAAUUCAGAAAUAAAUGUGUUCUUUACAUUUUUGUUACUAUUUCAUACAAAAUGGCUGUUUGCGGAUUGAGGACAGUGUUGUUGAUUGUCUGCAUUCUUGAGUUGAUUAUCACAAUACAGAGGCAAAUUUUCGACUUCUUAGGAUAUAUGUGGUUGCCCAUCAUUGCAAAUUUCAUUAAUAUUUUGCUAAUUAUAUUUGGAUGUUUUGGUGCUGUACAGUAUGUAACAAAGUACCUAUUGUCUUAUGCAAUAUGGAGUGUCAUGUGGUUAACAUGGAACAUAUUUCUGAUAUGCUACUACUUAAAUUUGGGCACACUCAACAGGGAAAGUGGCCUGCUAUCACUAGGUACCGGUAGUGUGAGUUGGUGGGAAGGCAAUGGCUGGGGCUGCCAGUCAGUGUGGGGCGAGGUGGACGGCCCGGGCUCCUGGAGGCCCACCCGUGUCGAGGGGUGCCUCGUGCAGUGGCAUUACAUUGAACUGGGGCAGUCAGCACUGGCUGCUUUCUUAACCCUCAUGGCAUUGCCACUGACAAUCGUUUCUACACACAGAUCUUUCAAUAGAAAGAAAUCUACUGAUAACAAAGGAACGUUGCCGCGCCGGCCGGUGUAUACCAUAGAGCUGAAGCCGACAGAGGUGGCGUGUGAGAGCUCUCUGAAGCCGAUGACGCCGCGGCGCGUGAAGCGGCGCUCCGGCUCGCGCGGCGGCUCCUCGCGGCGCUCGCGGCGGUCGCACCGGACCUCCGCCUACCACGCCAGCACGUCCAGCCUGCCGCGCGACCCCCGCCUCUCCAGACCCACAUCCGCCCACUCCUCCUACUCAAACUUCCACGCAGCCCGCCCCGCAUCAUACCACGCAGCAGCCGACACGUUGUCCAAAGCCCCGCGCGCGCUGCCUCAGGACGUGCCCGAGCCGCCGCCGCCGGCCGAAACUGUCCCCAUCAUGACUAAGGGGUACGAGAACUCGCGCUGGCACGACAUGAGCCCGGGCUACGACGUGGUGGGGCCGUACCACGAGCCCGCGUACCACAACGUGGGCUACGAGGCGCGGAACCGGGGGUACGAGCACGAGGAUGGCAGGUUCGAGUCCCCGCCGUACGAGGGCGAGGGUUGGAAGGCGCCGCCGCCGCCCGCGCCGCCCUACUCCGCGCGCGCCACGCCGCUCGCGCCCGGCCCGCCCGCCUAUGACUUUAAUGUCUACAGUGAUUAGACCUAACUGGGCUCACAACGAGCUAGGGUAUAGUUAGAACUCAUUAUGUCAACAGCCCACCCCAAACAAAAGCUCUAAUGAAAUGGGGUUUUGACGUUCAGUCGAAUAGGUACUUACACAAUAAACCAACCUUUAAAAACACUUCCUUAUAGCUUUUGGCCAAGGCCCGGCUAGCUUGGUAGCUAAACGCAGUAACGUUAUGCGCUGUUGCAUAUUGUUAAGCAUGUUUCAUACAACUUGUAGGUUUACGAUCAAGUGCAUAUUUUAAUUCAAAAUGUACUUUGUACCUUUUAAACGUACCUUCAAUAUAAGUGCAAAUAGCAUUAAUUUAAAUAAUAUGUAGAAAUAAGUAUUUGCACAGAUGAUUCAUCUAUGAUGCAUACUUUAUAAAAUAUAAUUUCAUACAAUGUGCCUUAUACAUACAGUGAUAUUGUUUAUCAUACAACGAAGUUAUUCAGUAUAAUGAAUAUUAUAUCAAUUUUUUAUGUGCCUUUACAAGAAUCUCACAUAAGUAAUAAGCACUUCUAUAUUUUUUAUGAUUUAUAUAGGUAUUUGUUUUGUAUGCACACAUAUUAUAAGAAUGUGAUUAUUGUUGUGUUUAUACACAUGGUAAGAAUUAAUUGACACUGUAGGUACUUGUGGUUGUUAAUGUAUAUGAUACAUUCCUUUUAUAAUGUGUUCCUUGUCAUGUUUAAUUAGUUGGUUACGUUUAGUUAGACAUAGUUUUUCAAUAUCGUUAUGUAAACUAUUUUAGAUAUUUAUAAUACUAACAUUUCGACAAGAUUACGGCACGAUUGGUAUUUGAUUGUUUAUAAACUUGCACACUUUCUAAAAUUCGACCAAAUAUGUAUAUUCUUUACCGAGAGAGUCGUCGAGAUAUUCAAACAUUUCUGAAAUAAUAAUUAAAUUUAGAAAUACAGAUUUUAUACCGAAUUUGGAUGAAUUUGUAUUGGCAGAUAUUUUUAUGACCAAAUUAAGGAGAAGGGUACAACAGGAAGUUAGUUUAUAGUUAUUUUAAUCAUAAUUUAACGAUAUUAGUUUAUUGUGGCGGCCUCUUGCCAUUUGAGGAGAAUAGUAUUUAACAUUUUUUUAUUACACCUCAUUUUGAGGAAAUCAUUCCAUAUUUUUUACUGUGACUAUUGACUAUGUUUAAUGUACUUAUAUUAUAGUUUACUUAUCUUAAAUAUCUACACUAUGUAGACUCCGUCCGAUUAUUAAUUGUACUCUAAAUAAGGAUCUGAUAUAAUGUUGUUUAAGACACACUUACCUAGGGACCAUGAUUUACUUUUAAUGUUGAAAAAACGAGCUUUAUUAGUUAAGAAUUAUUAGAUUAUUUAGAAACCAAACUCUUGAGGUAAUUUUUAUACCAAAUAUACACAUGACUAGAA